ACUCUUCUUCUUGAUACUCUAUGAACUCAAAUUGCUGCUGAGAAGAGAAAGUGGAACUCAAAACACUGAAGGAGAACCCACGCUUUGAAAGAUGAGCUCGUCUAAUUUCAAUUUUAUUUAAUUAUCGUGGUUUAGAAAGUUGAAAACGUUACACUGAUAAUUGAGCUAAUACAAUGAAUGCCCCUGAUCCUGUUGUUCCACCUCUUCAUGAUGAUGAAGACGAUAACAAUGACGUUUUCCUUGAUGACCAUGACAUUAUCCAUGAAUAUGUCAUGGACGGUGAAGAUCUUCCCGAUGCAGAGGAUGGUUCUGAAUCUGAACAUGAAGAAGGUGAUGAUGAUGAUUUUGUGCACAAAUUCACUGGUCAUACUGGGGAAUUAUACUCAGUUGCCUGCAGCCCAACAGAUACGACAUUGGUGGCUACAGGGGGCAGUGAUGACAGAGGAUUUCUCUGGAAGAUUGGUGAAGGAGAUUGGGCUUUUGAGCUUCAAGGUCAUGAAGAAUCUGUAUCUAGUUUAGCUUUUAGCUAUGAUGGACACCGUCUUGCAUCAGGAAGCUUAGAUGGAAUUAUUAAAGUCUGGGAUGUAUCUGCAAAUUGGGAAGCUAGACAACUGGAAGGUCCUGGAGGCGGCAUUGAGUGGCUCAGGUGGCAUCCAAGAGGACACAUACUCCUAGCUGGUUCUGAGGAUUUCACUGUUUGGAUGUGGAAUACUGAUAGUGCCAUCGUACUUAAUACAUUUGUUGGUCAUGGCAGCAGUGUAACCUGUGGUGAUUUUACUCCUGAUGGGAAAAUAAUAUGUACUGGUUCUGAUGAUGCAACCUUGAGAAUAUGGAAUCCAAGAAGUGCAGAAAACAUUCAUGUUGUGCGAGGUCAUCCAUAUCAUACUGAGGGGUUAACAUGCUUGGCAAUAAACUCAACUUCAACUCUCGCUCUUACCGGUUCCAAGGAUGGAUCUGUCCAUAUUGUGAAUAUCACCACAGGAAGAGUUGUUGAUAAUAAUGCCCUUGCUUCUCAUACAGACUCCAUUGAGUGUGUUGGUUUUGCACCAAGUGAUUCCUGGGCUGCAAGUGGAGGCAUGGAUAAAAAACUGAUGAUCUGGGAUAUAGAGCAUUUCUUACCCCGAGGCACUUGUGAGCAUGAGGAAGGAGUGACAUGUUUGGCAUGGCUUGGUGCAUCGUAUGUGGCUACUGGUUGUGUGGAUGGUAAAGUGAGAUUAUGGGAUAGCCGGUCUGGUGAAUGUGUAAAAACAUUCAAUGGGCAUUCUGAUGCCAUUCAGUCUCUUUCUGUGUCUGCUAAUCGGGAUUACCUUGUCUCGGCUUCACUUGAUGAAACGGCUUGUGUUUUUGAGGUUGGAAAUUUUCGGUGAGCAAAGCCCUUGUAUCAUUGCAUAGGAUGAGGUUGUAAAUCAUCUAAGCAAGGCCUAUGUUUAUGUUCUUUGGGGCUGGGUAUUACUCUACAGAAUCCAGAUUGUUAACUUUUAUGCUGAAAGUGAAAACUGUAGUAACUUAAGGUUUUCCUAGAUUGAGAUAGAACAAAAAGUUAGAUUUUUUUGGGAUUAUUUUUCCUCUUAAAUAUUAAUGGUUUUGAUGUUCAUACUAGCUUAAAUUUUGUGUAUUCAAUGGAGGUGAGAUAUAUUCGUUACUGACUAUGAUUAUAUGUAAAAGUUUUUUUAGGGAUUAUUUUAU